AUGUCCUCUACUACGGCGUGUUGUAUCUGUUCCUCGGUGCUGAACACGAUAGACUCAAAGACCGAGAAGCCCACCAUCGCUGCUCGCCACCUCACCUGUUGCUCGCGACCCGUCUGCCAACGGUGCAUUGCAAACAACCCUCGCUACAACUCGUACUGCCCAUAUUGCCAGAUCUCGACAGAUCCACAAUCAAUACUUCCUCAGGGCCUACGUGACCCUCCGCCAUAUAAUGAUACCCAAGACUCCACUCUGCCACUACCAGAAAAGGAUCACGAUGCACCGCCUGCCUAUUCCACUCACGCACCUUUGCAGCCUCCACCAGAGAAAACGCUCGAGAAUGCCCCAGACGUGCUACAUUUCUUGACACCUGCAGACACGGCUUUGUCGUUAUCUCUUGCGUAUAGCGUGCCCCUCCAUGCCUUAAGGAAGGCCAACAAUGUUUUUGCAGAUCAUCUCAUACAAGGCCGGAGGACCAUCAUCAUUCCUGGAGAGUACUACAAGGGUCCAAGCCUCAGUCCUAGGCCCGUUGAAGGUGAAGAAGAAGAGUUGCGCAAAUCAAAACUACGCCGUUUCAUGGUUACAUGCAAAGUCUCCGAGUACGAUGUCGCACAGCUAUAUCUUGAGCAGCAUGGCUACGAACUGGACGCCGCUGUCGAAGCCUACCAAGAUGAUGAGAAAUGGGAGCGGGAUCAUCCUCUACAGGACAAUGGCAAAGGCAAAAUUAGUGCACGUACUGUGGGAAAGAGGCGUUUUGUUGGGUCAGCAUAA